AUGCUGAGAAGGUCCACCGUUAGUUUAUGCCGAGGCCUCGAAAGCAAGCGAGUCGAUCGUGGUCGCGGCCGGGCGUGAAGUGCAUUACACUGUAAUUCAACAAACCGAUUUUGAAUCGGGACCGAUGUGAGAGGAGUGAGGAACAAUUUUUUGCCUCUUUGCACCCAGUUUCAUUUUCCCGGGAGGCACUGCGGCGCCGGCAAAAUGUUCCAGUGCAUCAUCCAGCAAAGAAAUGGGUGGAUCAAGGGGAGUCCCGAGAUGCGGGACGUCUUUCCAGACAUCAGACUUCAGCUGGCAGAACAACUGCGAUGCCUGGACACGCGGAUGGAGUCCCAGGUGUCGCUGGUUGCCGAGUUGCAGGACUAUUUCAGAAGAAGGGCCGAGGUUGAAUUGGACUACAGCAAGAAUCUCGAGAAGCUGUCAAAGUCACUGGCCCUCAGGCACCGCGAGCAGAAACAAAAACGCGAGCAGUGGCCACUUUUCUCGAGCUUCUCAUGCUGGCAACAACUGCAGACCCACACCAAAGGCCUGAGCAAAGACCAUGCCGCCCUCAGUGAAAUUUACUCGGUCCAUUUGGUGGGCCGCUUGGCUGGGCUAAUGGACGACGUACAGCGUAUUUACCGACGGUGCCGAGAGAUUGGUUACGAAACACAUGAGGAGUUGCUCCGAGUUUUGCAUGAAUUGCAUACAACCAGCAAGACAUGGCUGAGUUACCAGGCAGAGGCCAGACAGGCCGAGGGCAAACUUCGGCUAGCCGAAGCUCAGCGUGUCAAGUUGGAAAACUCAAUACCCAAAGAAAAGAGGGAGCGGUCCAAAAAGUACAGAGUUAUUGAGAAGGAGGUUCUCAAGAGGAAGAACAAAUUUAACGACGCCCGACUGAAGGCACUGAAAGCACGAAAUGAAUAUGUGCUGUGUCUUGAGGCAUCCAACACAACAGUUCACAAAUACUUUGUGGAUGACCUGUCUGACCUAAUAGACUGCAUGGAUCUCGGAUUCCAUCACUGCAUAUCUGGGGCCAUGAUGGCACACGUUGCUGCAGAAGAGGGCCGUCAGCAAUCUGUUCAAGCAGGACUUGACCAGAUGGCCGCAACUGUUGCUGCCCUAGACUCACGUCUUGACAAACAGAGAUUCCUUGAGUCGAACCACACAGCCUUUAUGAUUCCAAAGAAAUUUGAAGUGCAAGGCACGCGCACUGAGGAAGAGGUUGUCAUGGAUGUUAACAUCACCAUGUCUCUGAAAGAUGAACUCGAGUCGCGCCUGUGUCAACUGCAAAACCGAAUAACGUCGUUGAGGACAGAAUCGGAAGAGGUCUGGAAGACCAUGGAAACAGCAGAGAGGAGUUUGCUGGACAUGCUUACUGCCAAAGACUUUGAUGUCAACCAGUUUUUCAAAACUGACAAUGCAACUCCUCCAAACGCCAGUCUUUCUUCGACCCUGGGAUUGGCACCGCAAACACCGUCACACACAAAAGCACCUGAGACGCUAUCUAUCAAACUCAAGCAAGACAAACAAGAGACGGAGGAGUUUUAUUUAGGGAAAUUCCGAGAGUAUCUUUUGGGCACAAGUAGAAUAGCUAGAUUGCACGCCAAACACGACUACAUAAGGAAAACCUUGCUGGCCGGAAGUUCAGACCUGCCGCCAGCUUCCAGGGGAACUCAGAUACCCAACAAUGGUCUCACAGUGACUGGGGAUAAGCCUAUUAGACGAAAACGAAUUGGACGGCUGCAGAUGAUUGGACAGCCAAAGCUUUUUGGUGGUAGUCUGGAAGAGUACCUGGAGAGCACAAACCAGGAAAUUCCUCUUGUGAUGAAGAGUUGCAUUCGAGUCAUUAAUCUUUACGGUUUGCAUCAUCAAGGAAUAUUCAGGGUGUCCGGCUCACAAGUUGAAAUCAACAACUUCAAAGACUCAUUUGAAAGAGGCGAAGAUCCAUUGGCUGAUGUCACGGAUGCGUCUGAUAUCAAUUCAGUGGCUGGAGUUCUGAAGCUUUACUUAAGAGAAUUGAGAGAACCUUUGCUGCCGAUAAUUUACUUUGAUCAGCUCAUGGAGCUUGCACAAUUGAAACCAAAUGAAGAUUUUGUAGGAAAAAUGAAGGAGCUGCUGCAAAGCCUUCCAAGGACGGUUGUAAUUGUUAUGCGGUAUCUUUUCGCAUUCCUCAAACAUCUGUCAGAGUACAGCGAGGAAAACAUGAUGGAUCCUUACAACCUAGCUAUUUGCUUUGGCCCCACUUUAGUCCCAGUGCCUGAUGACAAAGACCAGGUGCAAUACCAAAAUUUGAUCAACGAGUUGAUCAAGAACGUCAUCGAAAUGCACGAUGAAUUGUUCCAAGAUGAUGGCGGGCCAACUUAUGAAAAAUACAUAAGUUGCGAGCCGGAUGAAACUGACAUGGGUGAUUCUCCGUCAGAUAAUGUACAUGAUGAUAUUGAUUCAGAGGUGUAUCCGUCUGAAGAUGAAUGUGAAUCUCUGGAAGCUACAGUGCAGUUUGACUUUCGAGCACGCUCCAAACGUGAACUCAGUUUGAGGAAGGGUCAACAUGUCACCUUAUAUAAUCAAGUUUCAAACGACUGGUGGCGAGGCAGUGCUGGUGGUCACGAAGGAUUGAUACCUGACAAAUACAUCAUGUUGAAAAUCAACAAGGAUGAUGAUAGGGAAAGACUUGAGUUGAAGUCUAGUUCAGACGAGUCUGUUGUGAAGCGAAGAGCAUCAAGUUCAAACGAUUCUUUACUCUCAGGGCAAAGUUCGCAGCAUUCACCAAUUGAGCCUGUGGUUGUUGAGUUUGAGCCAAUCGACUCACCAGGACCACCGACACUGCCACCUCCGUGCACUGUGACGCCUGUGAAUCUUCUGCCAUCAUUGAACAGAAACUCCAUAGAGCUAGCGUUGGCUCAGCUUCCACCUGAGGACAAUACACCUGCCGAGAAUGUCAGUGUCAAAGUGAAUGGCAGCCACGCUGCGCCUGAGAUCCAACUUGACGGUCUGAGUGGAACAAAUUGGAAUAAUGUUACUGAAAAAACUAGUCUAGAAGACUCUGAACUUCAUGAGUCGCAAGCAGAGCCACACACACUUCAGCAAACCGAUGAGCUGCACAUAGAAGCAGACAGGACGAGCUUGAGCAGUUUGAGCAGCGAGGGGAGCACUGGAAGUAGUACUGGCAGCACAACCAGUAGCACUUUCCAACAAAGUCGAGAAAUAUGGCGCAAGAGGGAAAAUUCGGCCUCUGAAUCAACUCCCGUUUUGCCUACACCCCACCUAGUCGGGCUGCCCCUUCGGCAGAAGCACACGCCUGAUCUGGUGAUGGACCUUCCUCUGAACAGCAGCACCAGCAUUUCACCCUCUGGUGCUUCUGACGAGGACGCUGAGGCAUCCCCUAGUCACAGCCCGCAGCACUCUGGCCCAGAAAGUCCUGACAUGACUGCGGCCGAAAGAUUUGCCAAGCAAAACCAGUGCACUCUGAAGAAAAAGGACGUUAGGACGUCGUCAAGCUCGUCUUCAGGUUCGGCCUCCGUGGCCAUUGAUGCACAGACGCAGACAAAGGUCGGCGCUGAAAAGCCACCAUUGAAGGCCAAGCCGCAAAUUAUGAAAAAGCCUGGAGUUCCUCCGGCAUCCCCAGAUUUGAACAAAAACAGAGAAACAAACUGAAAGUCAAAAGAAUUGGUUUCGUUUCGAGGAGUCUAACAUUGCAAAUGGUCUGAUAGGUAGAUGAGGUUGAGACUUCAGAUCUCAAGUUUUUAGCAUCCAUAUCCAUUUAAUUCAUGAAAAGUAUUUGCGCCUGCUUAAAAAAUAAUAUCACCCAUUUGUUCCUAAUUAAUUAAUUUCCACCAGAUAUAUUCAUUGUGUCUCAAAUAAUUCCAGAUUUAUUUUUUAACGAAAAAUGUGGAAUCACAAAUUUUAGAGUGGACCUUAAAUAUUAUUAAGAAUAAAGUUAUGAGUCAAUUAUGAUUCAUGUAUUUUACGACCUUCGGUGCUAUAUGAAAUGGAGAGAAUUGUGAUGCAUGGGGUAGAAAUUAUGGAGUUGGCCUAAUAAUGAGACAUGAAAGCUUAAAAAUUGGAACGAACAGAUAAUUUUGAAAAUUUCUAUAUAUUCUACUAAAAAUACUAAACACAAAAGUACUAACAAAAUGUGUGCUUCGGUAACUCAGAUAUUUUUUAGCUAUAGCAAAAAAUAUUAAUGGGAGAAUAUAAGAACAAAACAGUAUUCUAAGACUGAGGAAGAACAAAUAAUUCAAGUUUGGAUCAAGAAAGUCAGCAAAUUGCUUAUUCAUUUAUUUGUAGUUUAAGGAUUUUUUUUCAAUUUCAUAUUAGAAUAUUUCCAAUUAAUAAUAUUGAAGACAAAACUAGAUGAAGUUGGAAAGUAAUUAAAAUUUGUAAGCCAAAUCUUCCCGAUAUUGACUAAAAAUAAGUAGGGAUGUGUAGGACUGGUGGAAAGAAAGAAGGUUCAUUGAAUGACAAAAUGUAAAUAAUUUGCAUAAAUGCAGCCUCCUGCCUGCACAAUGUAAUUUUCUUGGCAUAAUAUAUUGACGCUGAGCGCUGUUGCAAGAAUACGACAACAAGACUUGAAUUUGGAAAAUAGUUGGUUUGAGAUAUGGCCUAGAAAAUUAUGCAUUUGGAUUGACCGCACAGAAAAUACUAAGCCGCAAAAUAAUAACACACGAUGUAAUAAAUCUGUUAUGCAUCCAUAUCUAUAUAAUAUCUCAAUAUACAUGUACCAUUAGAAUGGUAAACAGUCAAACAAGUUAAUUUUUUGCAGAUAUCACACACAGCUCGAGUAUAAUAUUUUAACUUUGUUAGAAAUAAUUUGUACAAGGCAAAUAAGAAAAAUCCGUGCGAAAUAUCUAAGAAGUGAUUUUAUUUUCAUUAAGCUACUGCAUUUCUGUAAAAUAUUUAAAUACUGACUCGGUCAUCUAAAAAAUCUGUAUUCACUCUUAUGAUGGCAACACAACAUGUAUUCAAGUGUUCUUAUGUGGUUUAUUUAUAGAUUGCAAUAUUUUAUGUAGUUGUCUCAAAUUAAUAAAGCCCAAAAAUUAAAGAAG